AUGGUACCUACACUUGAAUACAAAGACAACGAGGAUGAGGAAGAAAGCCAAAAGAGCGUUUGGUGGUUUCUUGAAAAUUCAUUGAAACUCCAUAAGGCACCUGUAAUCGACAGCUUAUGUGUGGAACUCGGUUCACGAUGUCCUAUUGAUGUUAAUGUUGGAAAGUGGGUUGAAAACGCUGUUGAUCGCCGCGUGCUUGACCUAAAAAUCAAGCUCGUGUGGUCUGCAGAUCCUACUAGCUUGCCCACCAGGCUUUACUCAUGUGAAUCUCUCGUGACACUGACUCUCUCCGAUAAGAUUCUUGUGGAUUUCCCUUCUUCUUCUUGUCUCACAUCCCUCAGAUUACUCAAGCUUUACUCUGUGGUCUAUAAAGACGAAGACUCUGUCCUAAGAUGCUUGGUUAUUGAUACUCCUGCAUUAGUGUACCUCCACAUCCUAGAUUCUUCGGGAGACUAUUGCUUGGUCAAUAACAUGCCUUGUCUUGAGGAAGCAUAUAUCGAUUCUAAGGCUUACCCUGAUGACAGACUUUUAAGAUCUCUUUCUUCUGUCUUGUCUCUUGAGUUAAACCAUGAAACGCUUGUGUGUUGCAAAGCCAUCAACUUCUCUCGACUUGUAAAGUUAGCAAUACAUCCAGAGGAAUUAGAUUGGUCGGAACCACUAAUGCUUUUACUUGGAAAUGCUCCAAAACUAAGAGAUCUUAUGGUUGAUUAUGAUACAUAUGAAUAUUCCGAGUCCGAGGAUGCCCCACUUUCAUGGAACCAACCGAGUUCUGUUCCAAAAUGCUUGAUGUCACAGCUCGAAAUAUUUGAGUGGAGAGGAUAUGGAGACAGAGUAGAAGAGGAAAAAAUCUUGACAUACAUCCUUGCUAACUCAAAGUGUUUAAAGUCUGCGACAAUCUCUCUGAGACACGAUCUUGAAGAGCAAGAAUUGAUCAUCUACGAGUUGAGAAAUAUUCCUAGGAUUUCAACUGUUUCUCAGCUUUUGUUCAACUAA